AUGAGCGACAGUGACGAGGAGAUGAGUGAUGCAGAUCAGUCGGGUGGAUCGGCAUCUGAUCAAGAUGAUCAACCGAAUGUCGAGAGGCGACCGUUCGAUAUUCGACUUCCACCCGCACAUCAAUACCUUCAACUUGCCGUAGAUUCUAGUCGUUUUGUGAAGAAGUCGGAAAUUAUCUUGAAAUGGUUCUGUUCAAGGUCUGCAUUCAUUCAUUUUUUCGGUCUAGCUGCUGAAGAAACAACCGGAGGACACCAAAUGGAGGAAGCAGAAAAAGUGAUAACCGUUUCAAUUCUGGAAUGGCCAGUGGUUCUGUUGCCAUCCCAACAACUGCCCUUCCACACGAUGCUUCCAAGUCUUGUUGCGCAACUGCGAACAGCCGCAAGAGAACACACGUUUAUUGCGUUGAAACCGGUGAUUAAUGGUCGACGAUCCGACAUCGCUACACUUAUACAGCUGUUAUCCUUGCGAGAGAUUGAUGAUGGUAUCAUCGUACAAGCUAUUGGCAGACAACGGUGUCGUAUUUUGACCAGACGAUCCGCGAUCAAUGGGUUACUUAUGUUUAUUCUUGAAAAAUAAUCAUUUGUUGUUGUUCUCAGAAUGCCGUAUGGUGACGUCCGAGUGCUGGACGAACACGAGCUGCCAACAUUCGCCCAAACGUUCUACCCUGUGUCAUUUUCUAAGUUGAAUUUUGCAAAGAGUGUGAAAUUCUAUGCUGCAUUGAGUGGACAUUCAAAUUUUGCUCUUCGAACAUCAUUAACGCAAAGUCUGGUGGAUCGCUUGAUCAAAUGGCUUCUGGUUUUUCAUCAACUGGACAAAGUAAACACAGUUCUUGCACAGGGUCGAACAGCGUUCAGUUAUUGGGUAGCAGCGAACCUUCCAAUUGAUAUGGAAACAAGGCUGGAACUUUUGGACGAAGAGUGCACUGAUCGACGUCUGGCGCGAGAAUGUGUUCUCAUCAAACGGAUCGAUACAAUUGUAUGUAAAGCAUGUGGACAACCGUUGACAAAAAUAUCGAAUAUGAUCAACGUCUCAACUGAAGGCAACAGUGCAUUAUAUGUGAAUCCGGGUGGCUACGUUCAUGAUUUGUUCACGGUUUCGGAGGUUCACUCAACCCUAGCUCGUGGACGCGCUUCAUCUGAAUAUUCAUGGUUCCCUGGAUACAAGUGGACGAUUCACGAGUGUUCGCACUGCUCGAUGCAUGUUGGUUGGCGUUUCACAAGUUCCACGCUCACGCCUGCCUCGUUCUUCGGUCUUACGCGGAGUUCGAUUCGGCCUGCAGAUUCGUCGCAUCCGCAGAACACUGGCCAAAAUCGGAACGGUAACGGCCAACAACUGCAACCAUACUUUGGAGAUUUGGAAAUCAUUUAG